AUGAGCUCAAAGCUGCUUGCGCUCGUUAUGCAGCCAUCUCGGCUCACGUUCCUGCAGCGCAAGUCCAAGCUCUGCCUUGAGAGCAGCGAUGACAAGGUGCACUUCUUUGUCUUCCGAUGGCAUCAGGUCAAACACACGGAUGGGCUUCGGCAGAUAGAUGAGGUUGAGGACAGAGAGUUGAGAGCCUUCGAUGAACAGGUGUUUGCGGACGAGCUUCAUAAAGAACUGCAUGCGAGGAUGAAACCAGAGCUGUCAUGGUUGUUCAAGAUCUAUGCGCAUAAGAUUUACCUGGACGUCAACUGCAUCUCCUAUCUGUCAGUCAACCACCAGGCGUUCAGCAAAGAGAGGUACCUGGGGUACUGCACGAUGUUCGUGCCGGUGAUAACCUGGGGUAAAGUGACAAGCGUGCUUGGCAUACUGGAAGGAGUGCAGGAGGGGUCUGACAGGGAGUGCGAAUUCCUACAGCUUGUACUUGCGAUGAUCUACCUGCUCGAGAAGAAUGCCGGUCGAUUGAGACUAGUCAUGCCGAUCCUUCGAGACGAGGGAGGAGGAUUUGUACCUCUGGAGGAGGCCGUAGGGAGGCUGAGUAGCGCAGGAUCAAGUUUGAACAGCCAGAAGGCGUGCUUGCUCUUGCUAGGGGCGGGAGUGCAGGAAGACAAGGACAAGAUGCUGGCUUAUCUGAGCGGCGUGUCGGUGCGAGAUGCUGUGAUGAAGCUUCUGUCGAACUCAAGCAGGAGGAUACUGGGACUUGGAAGUGAACCUGCAGCAGUGCGAGGAGCAUGCGGGGUGUACCUGGUAGCAAAGGGUCUAGACGAGAGGAGGAGUGCAGAGGGAGCUGGUGCUGUAAUAACUGAGCACCUGGUUGAUGAGCUGAGGGAGCAGGUAGCCGAACGGCUUUUGCAUUAUGAGAAGCACAACCCGCGGGGGUCAGAGAUGACGCAGGUGUUGAAGCAGACUGGGACGUUCGAGCUCCUGCACGAGUUCUUUGCGCUUCGGGGCAUCGACUCGCUAGACCGACUGACUGCGGUGAACACGAUGAAGUCGAUGAGGGGUGCGAGGACGUUGGAUGACAGCGAGGAGUUGUGCGAAGAGAUCAAUAGAGCAAAGGAAACGUUUUACGACCAAGCGGUGGAAGCGAUAGGAAGCAUGGUAAACAAGUGCAGCAAGGAUCAACGUUUCUUGCCGUUGGACACGAGGCUGGAUGUAUACAGAGACAACGAAGUUGACGGGAUCCUGGCCCUGAGAUCAAGUAAUGCGCUGGAGACGGCGCUGCUGAAGACGCCAGCUCAAUGCUGUGUUGCCUUCUUGGGCUGCCUUCAAUAUGCGUUCCAGGGUGUGAUGAUACGGAGAAUGAUAGAACGGAAUUCUAUCUGGUUGUUAGACCCUCAUGCACAGCUUCCAGUAGAGCCGAGGACAGUGCAGGUGUCUCGACUUGUCGAUGCCUGCCUGGGCUUUGUGUGGGGAUCCAUGUACAUGGCAGGGCUCUUGAUGUGCAAAUACAAUACGCCAUUGAACGCGAAGCGUGUGUUUAUAGGAGCAGCACAUCUCAUGCUUUGGCUGAAGAUCAUCUCGUCUAUAUCAGAUUUCAUCCAGUGCGGACCCAGGGAAUACGAAUCUACAAGUUGCAGCGGGUUCUCUUCGUUUGUUAUAAUCGCCAGCAUAGUGUUCGUUCUUUACUUUGUGCACUUCAAGCAGCACUACAUCUGGAUAGUCGCCUUCCUCUUCCAGGGAGCCUACUGCAUCAGAGAUGGGUUCAUAACCCCCGAGGAAUCAAAGAUCAUGUUUGUGGUUCUCGGGAUUAUCUGCCUCUUGAUUGAUGUUAUGAUUGUUGUCAAGUACCGGAUCUGUUACUACCAGACUUUCAAAGAUCUCAGUGUGGCCAUGGAAGGCUUCGAGAAGACUUGGAGCCGGAUCGUGGCCACCUGCACUGAUAAGAUAGAUGAUAUCAGCAACAACGUGCAGACAAUCUCACAGGAGCUAAAGAUAUGGACUCGAAGGCAAGGAUGCUUGUUGGCGAUGAUGAAGGGACGAACUUCGCGGUACUCGAGUAGUUGCGGGAAGAUUCGGCAGCAGAACAAAAGCAUCGAGACGUUGUUCGAGCAUGCGCAGGAAGUCAGCGCCGCGUUCCAGAUGUGGGUGGGGCAGUGGAACCCUGUGGGUGAAGUUGUGCAUGGCAAAGUUAAGUCUUGCGAGCGAGCGAUUCAGAAGACUGUGAGGUCGUACCACCGGGACGCGUCAUGCUUGACCGACCUUGUGCGAUGUACAGUGGUGGUGAAGACUGUGGAAGAGGUGCUGGUGUGGGUGAAGGGGUUGCGGUCAAUGUCCGUGGUAGCUAAGGGACUGAGUGGAUCCAUAAAUGAAGAGAUCAAAAUGUUGUCCAUAGGCGAGGAGACGUAUUUGAACAUCACAAGCAUCAAGAACAGAUAUGAUUGGAGAUGCAAUCUAAAGGCUUGCGGCGGGUACCGGGACCUUUGUGUGUGUGUCGAGGUAAGACCGAGGAAGAGGCGGGUGGGAUGGACAGUGAACGCAACGAACAAGGAAUGCACCUUUGUGCCGCUGAAGCAAUGGGAUACGACACCGAACCUUCGACGCCAUAUUUGUGAGAUUCAGGUGCUGUUGGAGGAUCUGCACAAAGUGAAGAAGCACCUGCACAAGGAGUAUGUAAACUUCCGCAACGUCCUAUGUCAAUAA